CUGACUCCUCCCCCCGAGUUCGACACGGUCGUCUCUCGGCUCUGCUCAGGCUUGUCAGUGCGGGCGAGAGCGCUGCUAAACAUGGCGUCGGACGGGAUGAUUUUAACCAACCACGACCACCAAAUCCGAGUUGGAAUAUUGACAGUGAGUGACAGCUGCUUCAGAAACCUUGCUGAGGACCGCAGUGGGAUUAACCUCAAAGAUCUUGUCCAUGACCCGUCCUUGCUCGGAGGCAUAAUCUCUGCAUACAAAAUAGUCCCUGAUGAGAUCGACGAGAUCAAGGAGACGCUGGUGGACUGGUGCGAUGAGAAGGAGCUCAACUUGAUCCUGACCACCGGUGGAACGGGUUUUGCACCCCGUGAUGUCACGCCUGAGGCCACCAGAGAGGUGAUCGAGCGUGAAGCUCCAGGGAUGGCCCUAGCAAUGCUCAUGGGCUCCCUAAAUGUCACGCCACUCGGCAUGCUGUCCAGACCCGUAUGUGGAAUCAGAGGCAAAACCCUCAUCAUUAAUUUACCCGGGAGCAAGAAGGGCUCACAGGAGUGCUUCCAGUUCAUCCUGCCUGCUCUGCCGCACGCCAUCGACCUGCUGCGGGAUGCCAUAGUGAAGGUGAAGGAGGUACACGACGCUCUAGAGGACCUGCCGUCCCCUCCACCACCCCUCUCCCCUCCACCCACCACCAGCCCACACAAGCAGACAGAAGACAAGGGUGUGCAGUGUGAGGAAGAGGACGAGGAGAAGAAGGACAGUGGUGUGGCGUCCACAGAGGACAGUGGCUCCUCUCACAUCAUAGCAGCUGCCAUUGCUGCUAAGAGCAUGAUGUCUCAUCCCAGUCAUGCCGUUGUCAUGGCGAAAGGUGGGCAGCCCUUGAGUGGCUUCAUCCCUUCUACCUCCAUUCCCUCCCAUUUCACCUGCUCCUGCAGCGAUACGAUACCAGAGUCCAUCAUUUCACGAGGCGUGCAGGUGUUGCCGCGGGACACCGCCUCUCUCAGCUCCACGCCCUCGGAGUCUCCUUGUGCUCAGCAGUCCCGCCUCUCCACUGCCUCCUGCCCCACCCCCAAAGCCCGGCUCACCUCCUGUUCAUCCACUUAUAGUGUCACAGAGGCCUCACGGAGAGAGUUCAGGGCUCACCUGGAUGAGGUCAUCACGCUCAAGUCAAGGUACUCUACCUUGGACCAGCUCCACUCUAGGCUGGAGGGGCUCAAAGAUGAUCGCAGGAACCAUAGGAUCUUCGACUCGCGAGUGCAGUCACGAUGCAGCAGCAAGGAGAACAUCCUGAGAGCAAGUCACAGUGCAGUGGACAUCACCAAGGUAGCUCGGAGACACCGCAUGUCCCCGUUUCCCCUCACUUCUAUGGACAAGGCCUUCAUCACUGUGCUAGAGAUGACUCCUGUCCUGGGUAACGAAAUCAUCAACUACAGAGAUGGAAUGGGUCGAGUUCUGGCUCAGGACGUCUACGCCAAAGACAACCUGCCACCUUUCCCUGCAUCAGUUAAAGAUGGCUAUGCUGUUCGAGCGGCUGAUGGCCCUGGUGACCGCUUCAUCAUUGGAGAGUCUCAGGCUGGGGAGCAGCCCACUCUCACAGUUAUGCCAGGCCAAGUGAUGAGGGUGACGACAGGUGCUCCUAUCCCGUGUGGUGCAGACGCCGUAGUGCAAGUAGAAGACACAGAACUGCUUCGAGAGUCUGAAGACGGUACAGAGGAGCUGGAGGUGAGGAUCCUGGUUCAGGCUCGUCCAGGACAGGAUAUCAGGCCUAUAGGACAUGAUAUCAAGCGUGGAGAGUGUGUGCUGGCUAAGGGCACUCACAUGGGUGCAUCUGAGAUCGGCCUCCUGGCCACUGUUGGAGUCACAGAGGUGGAGGUGCAGAAAUUCCCAGUUGUAGCAGUCAUGUCCACUGGCAAUGAGUUGUUAAACCCUGAAGAUGACCUUCACCCAGGCAAGAUCAGGGACAGUAACCGAUCCACACUGUUGGCCACCAUUCAGGAACACGGCUAUCCCACCAUCAACCUCGGCAUCGUCGGAGACAACCCAGACGACCUGCUGAACGCCCUGCACGAGGGCAUUAGUCGUGCUGACGUCAUCAUCACCUCCGGGGGCGUGUCCAUGGGUGAGAAGGACUACCUGAAGCAAGUUCUGGAUAUAGACCUCCAUGCCCAAAUCCACUUUGGCCGAGUGUUUAUGAAGCCGGGUUUGCCUACUACGUUUGCCACCUUAGACAUUGACGGUACCAGAAAGCUGAUCUUCGCCCUUCCAGGUAACCCAGUGUCAGCUGUUGUAACCUGUAACCUCUUUGUCAUCCCUGCAUUAAGAAAGAUGCAAGGGAUCCUGGACCCACGACCCACUAUCAUCAAAGCCAGGGUGAGCAUGGCCACUAAAUCUCAUGUUCUUGCAUUGGUGGAUACUUCAAUACUGUACUUAAGGUGUAUUUUAUUUCUGCUUCAAGUAACACCCUUUUUCCUGCUCUGCUUCACAGGAAACCAAAUGAGUAGUCGGCUAAUGAGCAUGCGCAGUGCCAACGGCCUUCUGAUGUUGCCUCCGAAAACAGAGCAAUACGUGGAGUUGCACAAGGGUGAAGUCGUGGACGUCAUGGUCAUAGGACGGCUAUGAUGUCAUCUUAUGGGGACAGACCAAGUACAGAGCAAGAAAGUGGUGCAUGUCCACAUAUCAUUACUGCUCUGUAAUAUGCAACGGCACAGCUAGUUUUUAUUGAUUUGGGAGAAGUUGAUCCAGUAUAAUCAACAUUUCGAACAAAGACGAAUAUGUGAAAUUUAUGAAAAUACGACUUAGAAGACAUCAUAAUAUUGCAAAGACAGAAAAUAUUAUACCUUUUAAAGUGAGAAUAUAUAUAUGAAAUAUAAGAGAUUUAUUCUGUAAUAUAUUGUUAUAAUUAUUAUGAUUAUUAAUAUAAUAAUGAAUAUUAUCAUAUUAAGCAACUCUGUUCUCUUUCAUUGCAAUUGCUUUGUGUGUUCAAUGCUAGAACUUCUAGAUAGCCAUAGCAUUUUAAUAGACAGCUGUUGGCGCCUGUCACACAUACAUCAGAAAGCUUAUUUUCUCAUCGGUAGAAAAUGUGUCACUGAGGAAUGAAAAGUUCUUCAAAAUGACAGCAGGAGCUGGAUCUUUUCAUCUCUCCUCAAAGUGCACCAAGGUUGACCCAGCUAUCUUUCCCUUUAGUAUUAUAUGCUCCAUAAAGACUUCAUUAUGCUUCAUAAAGGGUUUACAAAACCACUUUGCUUGUCGUUUAUCUUGUGAGUCGUGUUUAUGUGCGCAGUGCCAAAAGCCAGGGCUGUGGGGGAAGUUCUCGUGGUCGUGACGGCGAAAAGCAGCGUGUGCCGCCGGGUAGCACAGACUUUGUGCGGAAACAAUGACCGGUGGGGGUCUGUGUAAAUUCUGUGCUACUUCAGCGCGCCCAGAGGCAUGUCCUGUGCUACAGGCUACCUCAGUCUGGAACAUACUUCAUAGUAAACUGACCCUCAUAGCUCUGCCCUUAUUACUCUCUUUUUUACCCACUACCCUUACAUUUAAACUCGCCCGGCCCAUUCCUAGAGGCUUAGCUCCCUGGAAACUUUUAUUUGUUUAACUUCGAUGAUGAAGACACAGCUCAUUUAAGUGCUGAGAGCCUUUUUAAACGAAUUACAUAAAAUGUACAGUCAAAAAAAUGCAAGAGUGAUAUUGUACAGACAAGUGACCAGCACUCUUGAGGAAUAUACUAUGGAAUUGAAAAGAUAUUGAAAACUCUGUACUAUAAUAUCAUUUUCUGUAAUACUGAUCUAAUGCGAGAAUUAAAAUUCUUGAUCAUUAUGUAAAG